AUGAGCGAUCCAUCAUUAUUGGUCUCUGUUGCCAAACUUGCACCAUCCGACCGCGAGGGUUGGCUGACAAAGCAAGGUGGUGCCAUCAAGACAUGGAAGAAACGUUGGUUCGUCCUAAAGGGCAAGAAGCUGUACUAUUUCAAGAGCAAGACUGACGAUGAAGCUACAGGAUUGAUCGAGUUUGAACCAGAUUCAUACGUUAAGGAGGAUAGGGAUAAGGAGAAGAAGAAGAGAUUCAUGUUCUCAUUGGGCACAUCGAGAAGAGUGUUCUAUAUCUUUGCAGAGUCUGAGACGGACAUGAAACAGUGGAUCGAGUCGAUCAAGCGCAACAUGGAGGGUGGUUCUGCCGCCUCCACCAGUCCAUCGGUGCCCAAGGUGCCCGCCUCAACCAUCGAGUCGCCACCAAAGACAAACGGCACACAGGAGAAGGCACUCAACGCAUCUUCGCCACGUGCAAAGAUUGCCAAUGCCAAGUCCACAAUCUCAUUCCUUAGAGACGACGAUUCAAAGGUGCUGGAGUUCUGGCAGAUUUGGUCAGAGUCGACACCACCCCAGAGCGACCUGCAGAGCGGAACAACGAUUGAGUUCCACGUCGCCACCUCUAUCGACAUGCAGAAGCUGACAUGGAGAACAGCCGGUCCACAGAACAUAUUUAUUCAAAAGAUGGUCGACUUCUUCUGGAACGUCGGCGCACCAGAGACCGAGAUCGAUCGUCUGAACGACGUGGGCGCACUGAUCAACCCACUCAAGAUUGGAUCGUGGAUCGACAUGUCCGACAAGGGCGGCAUGGACGGUGGUUGGUACUUCCCCGUCGACAUCCCAGUUAAGCUUGCCAUCGAGGCUUCCGACGCUGGUGAGCCCACCAAGAAGUUUGGAGAGUGGGCCGAGGCCAACGAGGUGACAAACUGCUACAGUGUUGGCAGAGACAUGGGUGCUGCACCACCCAGACAGACCGAGGUUCGCUUCAAGCUGCCCGGUGCCGAGUUCACCAGCCAGCUGAACCUGGCUAUUGACGCGUUCAAGAGUUUCAACUUCCCCGCCCUGCCACCCGCUGCCGUGGACAUUCUGCGCUCCAACUCGACCGACCUCACAGGCCUAUGCAUGAGCGUCAUCACCUCUAGCGAGGGCUUUGUCCGUCUCGGACUGCUCGUCCCCAAGCCAUCGCGCGAACUGGUCAACCAGCUGUACGAGUAUGGUCAGGCACCAAAGGAUAAGCUGGCCAAGUUUGAGAGUCAACUCGGUGGCAAUGGCCCAGCAUUUGUAGAAUAUCAGUUCUUGCAAAAGGGAUUCGGCUACACUGUAUACAAAGAAGGAUUUGAUAUUGUAUUCCAUUAUUUCGUUGGAGAGGAUCAUUCAGAAUAG